AUGCAAUGCACGUCAGAAUAUGUGAGCCCAGAAGCGAUGGGAUCAGUAGUUUCCAGCACCUGUUGGAUAACGUGGUGCUCAGAGUGAGCGUAUGGAUUGUGGCACUGGUAGCCUGUGGCGGAAAUCUAUUCGUACUAAUUGGCAGAAUGAUGAUGCAUGAGAUGAAUGAAGUGCACUCGUUUUUCAUCAAGAAUCUGGCACUGGCCGACCUACUCAUGAGUUUAUACCUAUUCAUAAUCGCAUACCACGACAACCUCUUCAGAGGCGAAUACAUUAGACAUGAGGAACGGUGGAGAGGGAGCUGGGAGUGCAACCUAGGCGAAUACAUUAGACAUGAGGAACGGUGGAGAGGGAGCUGGGAGUGCAACCUGUGUGGCCUACUCAGCACCAUCAGCAGCGAGGCCUCGGUGUUCACACUAACCAUCAUUACGAUCGACAGAUAUCUAUCGGUUUUGUAUCCGUUUAGUCUUAAACGGCGCACAAAAACCUUUGCCAUGCUAUCGAUGGGCGCCGUAUGGAUUGUGGCCAUACUAUUGGCUAUCUUACCACUUCUGGACAGUCAGAUAUUCGGGGACGAGUUCUAUGGGAGUAAUGGUGUCUGUCUGGCGCUUCAGAUACACGACCCGUACAGCAAGGGUUGGGAGUAUUCGUUAUUCUUGUUCUGUGGCAUCAAUUCUGUAGCGUUUGCUUUCAUUACAUACGCCUACAUUAGUAUGUCGUCGACGAUCACGAGCUCUGCCGUCGGUUUGCGGACAACACAGCAAAAACAGGACCGAAAUAUCGCCAAAAGAUGCGGUUUUAUUGUGGCCACAGAUUGCUUGUGUUGGAUGCCUAUUGUGGUGAUCAAAGUGCUGGCACUGGCGGGUGUUCCCAUCAAUGACUCGCUUUACGCAGUGAUCGCCAUAUUCUUACUGCCCGUCAAUUCUGACUAUACGAUAAAUAUAUACAAAUCACAUGAGAAAACAUACGAUAAGAUCACGAGUCGAGACUUUUGUGAUGUACUCAUUGGCUCUAAACGGGAGGCCAUUAUUGAGAACAGGGAGUCGGCACAGUAUUAUACGGAUGAAAAUCUGACCAGCGUAAUGUUGGAUUUGUUUUUAGGUAUUUAA